AUGGAAACAGGAACACAAAGUUCAUUAGCACAGCCUCGACGAACGAUAGCAAUACGCAGAGAAGACCAAUCAGUAUGGGAGAGGAGAGCACCAUUCUCACCAGCGAAUGUCAAUCGUCUCGUUCGAAAUGGCGUAAAAGUUAUUGUCCAGCCUUCCAAUCGCAGGGCCUACCCUAUGCAGUCAUAUAUAAAUGCGGGGGCGAUUGUACAAGAAGAUAUCAGCGAAGCUAAUGUAAUAUUUGGGGUAAAACAAACUCCCGUCGACCUUCUUAUUCCUAACAAGACUUACUGCUUUUUUUCGCACACUAUCAAAGCUCAAGAAGCAAAUAUGCCGAUGCUGGAUGCUAUAUUGGCCAAGAAUAUCCGUCUAAUCGAUUACGAAAAGCUAAUGGAUGACGCUGGUAAUCGUGUCGUAGCAUUUGGAAAGUAUGCGGGAGUGGCGGGUAUGGUCAACAUUUUGCAUGGACUUGGGUUGCGAUUACUUGCGUUGGGACAUCAUACACCAUUCAUGCACAUAGGUCCAGCCCACAACUACCGGAAUUCAAGCAUGGCGCGACAGGCGAUCCGCGACGCAGGCUACGAAGUAGCUCUAGGAAUGAUGCCAAAGUCUCUCGGACCACUUACCUUUGUCUUCACUGGCUCGGGAAACGUUUCUCAGGGUAGUCAAGAAAUAUUUUCAGAAUUACCUCAUGAAUAUGUUCCACCUGAAAUGUUAAGAAAAGUAGCAGAGCACGGCAGUCCUAACAAAAUUUAUGGUUGCGAAGUGAGAAGACGACACCACUUGGUCAGAAAGAAUGGCGGAGGUUACGACCCUCAGGAAUAUGAAGAGCACCCAGAACGUUACAUAUCUGUUUUCGCACAAAAAAUAGCUCCCUACACAUCGGUACUGGUGAACUGCAUCUACUGGGCCGUAGAUAGCCCCAAGCUGCUGACAAUUCCAGACGCCAAGCAUCUGCUGAUGCCGUCUCACACGCCGUGGUUACCUAAAAGUAUCGGCGCGCCGGCGCUACCACACAGAAUGCUGGCAAUCUGCGACAUAUCGGCCGACCCCGGCGGGUCUAUCGAGUUCAUGAACGAGUGCACCACUAUUGACACACCCUUUUGUCUCUACGAUGCCGAUAGAAACAAGGACACCAAGAGUUUCAAAGGGCCGGGCGUGUUGGUCUGUUCUAUCGAUAACAUGCCGACGCAGCUACCUCGAGAGUCCACUGAUUUCUUUGGAGACUUGCUCCUUCCUUACGCCGACGACAUCAUGAAAUCAGAUGCUACUCGUCCACUAGAAGAACACAACUUCUCGCCGGUUGUGAAGGGGGCUAUCAUUACUAGCAACGGAAAACUUACACCAUCAUUUGAAUACAUUAACGAACUUCGUAUGGCUAAUAAUCGUUCUCGCCAUAAGGUAGAAGGCAAUGAUCAACAAGUCCCAGUUGUCAUCUUAGGCAGUGGUUUAGUUUCGGCGCCUGUAGUCGAAUACCUUGCCCGAGACAAAAACGUCGCUGUUACUGUAGUGUCGCAAGUAAAGGAGGAAGCGGACGCAUUGGCGGAGCGCUAUGGCACGCGCUCCGUGUAUCUGGAGGCGAGCGACGAGGGCGCGCUGGGCGCGCUGGCGGCGCAGGCGCGAGUCGUAGUGUCGCUGCUGCCCUACGAGCUGCACGGCGCCGUGGCGCGCGCCUGCGUGCGCGCCGGCGUGCACAUGGUCACCGCGUCCUACGUGCGCCCCGAGGUGCGCGAGCUGCAUGACUGCGCGAAGGAUGCAGGAGUUACUUUGUUGAAUGAAGUCGGUUUAGACCCCGGUAUUGACCACUUGCUGGCAUUAGAGUGUAUACACGAUGUGCAGAAUCGCGGAGGAAGAGUCGAUUCAUUUGUAUCAUAUUGUGGAGGAUUACCUGCGCCUGAAUACAGUGACAAUGCUUUGAGAUACAAGUUUUCGUGGAGCCCACGUGGAGUUUUACUUAAUACUAUAUCAGGGGCUAAAUAUCUCAGUAGAGGGCAGGUUGUAGAGGUUCUCAGUGGUGGUGAAUUGAUGUCAGUUGCGCGUGACCUCGAUUUCCUGCCAGGUUUUGCUUUCGAAGGAUUCCCCAACAGAGAUAGUACUAUUUACUCCACUCUCUACGGAAUCGAAGACGCGCACACCAUGUUUAGAGGAACGCUUCGUUACAGAGGUUUUGCUGAAACAAUGAAGGCCAUGCAACUUUUUGGGUUAGUGGAUCCAAAUUUUCAUCCUACUCUACAUCCCGAAGGACCACAAAUAACUUGGCGGCAAUUCGCUUGCGAGCUUCUCGGGUUGAUGGACACGUCGAUCUUUUACGAGAAUCUCAAGACGCGGCUUUCGGAACGCAUCGGCGGAGCGGGCGCGCAGGCCCUAGAGUCACUCGGCCUACUUGAUGACGAACCCAUCGUCAAGCGAGGCUCGCCGCUCGACACCGUCUCGCACUACCUCGGGAAACGGCUGCAACUAGAAAAAGACGAAACCGACUUCGUGGUGCUCCGGCACGAGGUCGGCGUGACGUGGAGCGACGGCAGGAAGGAGCAGCGCGAGGUGACGCUGACGGUGCGCGGCGACCCCGCCUCGCACACCGCCAUGGCGCGCACCGUGGGGCUGCCCACCGCCAUCGCCGCCAAGAUGGUGCUCGACGGAGAGAUUCAGCAACGAGGUGUUGUGUUACCGUUUGCUCCUGUGGUAUACAAAUCACUUCUCUCUAGACUACGAGCGGAUGGAAUUACAGCAAAGGAAGUCAUCAAAUCUUUAAACUAAAUCUUUAAACAAGAUUUCCAUCGAACUAAGAUUUUGUAUUGAUUUAAGGCGACUGAUUAAAUAUUAUACUAAUACUAACGAUUCCACUCUUAGGAGAAGGAGUCCAUAGAAGUGUAAUACCUAUUACAUCUUAUUUACUGUUUUAUUUUCUUUUCUAGCAUGUGAAAUUUUAAAGACGUAAUAUAAGAAUCAAAGUCAGAUAUAACAGUAGCACAAUACCCUUUAGCCCCCCCCCCCCCAUUCGAAAACCAUAUAAUAUGUCCAGCAAUUUUUUAUUUUGCGGACCAGUUGGCGCCUAUUUGUGAGUAACGCCCGGGGCAAGAUCCUUGCCCCCUCUCGCUACGUCAUUGAGAUAUAAUAAACAGAACUAUUUUUCCGAGUCAUUUACUAUUUGUGAACAAUAUAUAAUGUUAUUGAAAAAUGUAAAUAAGUAAUAUAAUUUGAAAAUUUUUA